AUGCGGUCCCAAGUGCAGUUCCGUUUUGGCCAACUGCUAAUAGUGGCUUGUGCUCUGCACUUAGUGAUUUCCCAAGAUUUUGACUAUUGCAGCGAGGACCCGGGGGAUGAUGUCACAUCGGAUUGCCCUGGGAAAGAUGAUUAUUUCGCUGUGGAAGUCAAUGAGGGCUGCAAGGAGCGUUUUUAUUGCUUCCGGCGACUGAACCAGACCUGCAAUGAUUAUCAGGCAGAAAGCCAGUGCGAGAGGGGUCUCUCUUGCUCCUGCGGCAGGUGCAUGAAUUGCGAUAAGCACGACAGAUGCUACAUGGAGCUAUGCCCUCACUACGAAACCCGAAAAAAUUGCCCAUGAAAUGCCCGUACCGCCCCUGGAC